UUCAGUUAAUGUUGCACGACAGGGUUAGGAGCGACCGAAGCUUUUUGUCUUUACAGACAGGGUGGGCACAGAUAGCGCCGUAUUGGAAAGUUGCUGCCUUUUACAUUUUAUCACGUAAUCAGAGAGCGAACAAAAUCCGACACCCAAGCUAUGGAGCUGAGAGCAGAUGGCCGAUACGACUUCUACUUACGAGGCGAGCUGAGCGCAUGUCUAACUCAGGCUGUUACGAGGUUGUCCUGACCCGACCCGCAGAUCCCAUCCAGCAUCUGGCGCACUGCUUACUCAAGUACAGGAGGCUUCACCCGUUAGAGAAGGAACUCAGCCCUCGUGAGCACUUCCGGUCAGUGCUGCCCGGGCCAGAGGAGUUGGGCGAGGCGGAGGAGCCCGAUUAUUCACCAGCGAACAACGUCUUCGUUCAUAUGUCGUACAUGGCGGUGCUCCACAGCAUAGGAGAUAUAUUUGACGAUGAUGACAUCACGUGACGAUGUUUUGUUCGGCCUUAGUGUCUACCUGUUCAGUACAAUGCCCCUCAGGGAACAGAGCACCAAAUGCACUAUAGCAACAAGUAAACAGUCCCGACACAAAAAGGAUGGAGUGACCGGGUUAAAUCUACAUGAAGCGGAUGUAAAAUAUACUCGUGUGAUCUGUCAUGAUGUGAGACGUUUUGGUGAUUGCUUCACGUCCAAUGUGUAAACUUCACGUGGUUGUGAAUAAAACGUCAAAAUAGA